UAAUAAUUUAACACGUAUUCACCGAGUCGGAAUCGGGAAAAACUAUUAUUUAAUCGAGUUCUACUGUAUUAUCUAUAAUAUCAUCACUUUAUUGUUUUCCCCUUUUCAUAUAUUCAAUUCAAAUUGCAUUAUUAAAAAGAAAUAUAGCAGAACUAAAAACUCUUAUAUUUCGAGUGCUUUUUAAUAUUUUGAUUGACUCAAUGAUUAUUGAACAGCGAAUUAUCUCGGAAAUUAGAUGCUACACCUGGUUACUUACAUUGGGUGAAUUUGAACCGUAAAUCUACACAUAAUCUCAUACACACUCGGCCAUGUGUACAUAUUUGCUUUGUGGAUAACUAUUUAGUCAAAUUUACGAUUUAAAUUCACCCGGUGUAAACAUGAGUCCUUUUAUGUAUAUAUAUUUAUCGUACUGUCGUAUAUUAUCUUCAUCGUUUCCAAAACGAAAACAAAAACAAAGUUGAAGAUUUGGAAAUAAAUCAAAAAACAAAAAAAAAAAAUUAUGCAGAGCGCGAAAGAAAAUUGCCACCGGCAACUCGACUCCUUCACGGAUGCGGAGUUUGUCUCCGGCGGCAAAAGCAUCAACACCCGUUCCACCGUCACUGAUACCAGCGCCGCCGCCGCCGUGGACGAACACAUGGUGCCGGAAAACAAGGUGGUGGCGGCGGCCGCGGCGGUCAAUGUUCAGACUGAGCAGCUGGCCGACAAAGACGGGGAGAAGAAGUACUCUUCAUUCCCAUCAUCUUUGGCCAGAAGCGCUUCGUCAAGAAUUAAGCAGGUGUCGAAAGAGGUUAAGCGUUUGGCCACUCUCACGCGCCGCCCGCCGGAGAAAUCCGCCGCCGCUCGGUAUGCACUUAAUGGGCUCAAGUUUAUUAGCAAGACUGAAGGUGAAGCCGCCUGGGCCACGGUGGAGCAACGCUUCGAUGAACUCACCUCCACCACGGACCGCGGGUUGCUACCUCGUUCACUCUUUGGUGAAUGCAUUGGUAUGAGUAAAGAGUGUAAGGAGUUUGCCGGAGUGCUUUUCGACGCACUUGCACGGAGAAACAAUAUAACCGGAGAUUCGAUCACAAGAGCAGAGUUGAAAAAGUUCUGGAACCGAAUUGCUGACGAAAGUUUCGAUUCUCGACUUCAGACUUUUUUAGACAUGGUUGAUAAAGAUGCAGAUGGCAAAAUCACUGAAGAUGAAGUUCGGGAGAUUAUGUGCUUGAGUGCAUCUGCAAAUAAUCUGUCGAAUAUCCAGAGGCAAGCCAACGAAUAUGCUAGACUUAUGAUGGAAGAAUUAGACCCCGGCAACCUCCGUUACAUCAAGAUAGAAAAUCUGGAGAUGCUUUUAAUGCAAGGUCCGAACCCGUUGGCUAGAGGCCGAGGCAAAAGCCGAAACCUGAGCAUAAUGCUUAGCGAAAAACUAAAGCCGACAAGAGACUACCCUCUUAAGAUGUGGUACCGAGAUUUCAACUAUUUUUUAGUCGACAACUGGCAGAGGUUUUGGGUGGUUGCGUUGUGGAUCGGAAUUAUGGCCGCCCUUUUCGCUUACCAAUACGUGCAGUACAGAAAACGAGACGCUUUCGAUGUGAUGGGGCAUUGCGUGUGCAUGGCUAAGGGUGCCGCGGAAACGCUGAAGCUGAACAUGGCGCUGAUUUUGUUGCCCGUCUGUCGGAAUAUCAUCACCUGGCUUAGGAAUAAGACAAGGUUGGGGGUCGCGGUUCCGUUUGACGACAACCUUAAUUUCCACAAAGUGAUCGCAGUGGCAAUUGCAAUAGGUGUAGGAGUACACGGGAUCAGCCAUUUAGCCUGCGAUUUCCCUCGCCUCCUCAAUGCUAGCCCCGAGAAAUAUAAGCUGAUGGAGCCGUAUUUCGGUGAACAACCGGCGAGUUAUUGGUAUUUCGUGAAAGGGUGCGAAGGUGUGACGGGGAUUAUAAUGGUGGUUCUAAUGGCUAUAUCGUUCACACUUGCAUCCCCUUGGCUUAGGAGGAGAAAAGAAGAGAAAUCGUCGAAAACAUUAAUGAACAAAAUCUUGAAUAAACUCACGGGGUUUAACGCGUUUUGGUACACGCACCACUUAUUCAUUGUUGUGUAUAGUCUCCUCAUUGUACAUGGGGUUAAACUUAAUUUGUCCCGUGAAUGGUACAGGAAAACGACUUGGAUGUAUUUGGCGGUUCCUAUGAUGCUUUACGGUGGCGAACGUUUGGUCAGGUCAUUCCGGUCCAGAGCCCAGGCCGUCAAUAUCCUUCAGGUGCCCGUGUACCCCGGGAAUGUGCUAGUACUGCACAUGUCUAAGCCUCAUGGAUUCAAAUACAAAAGUGGGCAAUACAUCUUUGUCAAAUGUGCAGCUGUUUCUCCAUUCGAAUGGCACCCUUUUUCGAUUACUACAGCACCUGACGAUAAUUUCUUGAGCGUUCACAUUCGAAUCGUUGGCGAUUGGACGAGACAACUCAAAACCGUUUUCUCAAAGGUUUGUCAGCAGCCACCUGUUGACAAAAGUGAAGGAGCUAACUCUUUGCAAGAAGGCAAUAAUCCCAUAUUCUUCCCUAGAGUAUUAAUCGAUGGUCCGUACGGAGCACCGACACAAGACUACAAGGACUACGACGUGGUCCUACUAGUAGGCCUCGGCAUCGGUGCAACCCCCAUGAUUAGCGUCGUUAGGGACAUCAUCAACAACAUAAGAUCUAUCGAGGAAGAAGAAAAUUCAUUGGAGGGCGGGACCCGCCCUCCAACGCCGAAACAAAAAACGGGAUCGAAUUCGUCGAGUAGCCAUAAACACGAGUUUCGGACAAGGAAGGCGUACUUCUAUUGGGUGACGAGAGAACAAGGUUCGUUCGAUUGGUUUAAGGAUGUGAUGAAUGAGGCCGCCGAAAUGGACCACAAGGGGGUGAUCGAGAUGCACAACCAUUGCACUAGCGUGUACGAAGAUGGUGACGCUCGUUCCGCGCUAAUCGCUAUGCUUCAGUCGAUUUACCUUGCCAAGAAUGGUUUGGACGUUGUUUCCGGGACUAGGGUUGUGUCGCAUUUCGCUAAGCCUAAUUGGAGGACGGUCUACAAAAGAAUCGCCCUUAACCAUCCCGAAACAACCGUUGGAGUGUUUUUUUGUGGGGCACCAGCACCGGUGAAAGAGCUAAGACAACUAGCUUCUUAUUUCUCUCACAGUACAUCCACCACAUUUGUAUUCCACAAAGAAAACUUUUGAAUUCAACUGAGUGACGUCACACGUGCAUCAUGCUUGCAUCAGCACCCAAGAUCAUUUGCAUUUGUGGGGUCCAGUUAUAUAUUUGUGUGUAUGUGUGUGUGUGUAUGUAUUAUCUCUUCCCUUUUCUUUUUACUUAUGAUUCUUGGGACAUGAUAAAUGAUCCUUGUGAAGUAAUGGGGGGCGGAAUUAAUUCCUAACCGCCUGCAAAAUAUUGAACGUGUAUAUAUGUGGGGUCGAACAAAUCAUAUAUGUGUAUAUGUGUAUAUAUGUGUAUGUGUGUAUAUGAACCCACAUGUUAAUAUUAGUUUGGGUAAUUUCUCCCUAAUUUGUA